AUGGCCACGUUUGUCUGCAGGGUUCAGUUUUUAGAUGACACCGAUCCAUUCAACAGCACUAAUUUCCCAGAACCGACUCGACCACCGCUGUACACCUUCAGAGAGGAUAUCCCCCUCAUCAACCAGUUAGCAGGCAUCCACCGGCUUCUCAAAGCUCCACACAAGCUUGAUGACUGCACACUGCAGCUCUCCCACAAUGGCACCUACCUGGAUCUGGAGUCCUCUCUGGCUGAGCAAAGGGAUGAGCUGGAGGGCUUUCAACAGGAUGACACAGGGUCCAGAGGGAAGAAACACAGUGUUAUUUUACGAACCCAGCUGACCGUCCGUGUACACGCCUGUAUCGAAAGACUAUACAACUCCAAUGGACGUGACUUGAGAAGAGCGCUGUUCUCUCUAAAGCAGAUUUUUCAGGAUGACAAAGAUCUGGUCCAUGAGUUUGUGAUGGCUGAAGGUCUGACAUGUCUCAUCAAGGUGGGAGCAGAAGCUGACCAGAACUACCAGAAUUACAUAUUAAGAGCUCUGGGGCAGAUCAUGUUGUACGUGGACGGGAUGAACGGUGUCAUUGGCCAUGCUGAGACAAUCCAGUGGCUAUACACGCUUGCUGGUUCAAAGUUCCGUCUGGUGGUAAAAACAGCUCUGAAGCUGUUGCUUGUGUUUGUGGAAUACUCCGAGUCCAACGCUCCACUGCUCAUACAAGCCAUCACCACUGUGGACACCAAGUUAGGCUGCAAACCAUGGUCCAAUGCUAUGGAGAUCUUGCAUGAGAAGGACGGUGUAGACACAGAGUUGCUGGUCUAUGCCAUGACCCUCAUCAAUAAGACACUGGCAGCACUGCCUGACCAGGACUCAUUCUAUGACAUGGUGGAUGGUCUGGAGGAACAGGGCAUGGAAACAGUGUCCCAAAGACACCUGGGGCGGAAGGGCACUGAUCUAGACUUGGUUGAGCAGCUCAACAUUUAUGAGAUGACCCUACGGCAUGAAGAUGGCGAUGAUGACAGUCAGCCUCCACCAAUGGGACGCCGAGACCGCCGACGGGCCAGCCUAGGGGGCGGGGAUAAGAAGCGCGGUCUGGAGAGGAGACGGAGCCGCAGGGCUUCUCUCGGGCGAUCCGGUCACGCCUCCCCCUGCAGCCCUGCCUCUCCGCAGAGAGCAGGUUUCCACCCUUUCAGCAGCCAGAGGUCUGAAGACAUGAGCGAGAGAUACACCAUGUUUGCUAAUAAUUGUGAAUAUUCUAGUAGAAAUGAGAGCUCCAUCCCCUCUACGCCAACCAGCUCCAGUGGUGUAAAUAAAUGUUUUCGCCUCUCUCUCAGGCCUGCUCUGGGAGGUCUUCUGUCCUCCUCCUACAGACAACACCAGGAGUCCUUGGCAGCCGAGCGAGAGCGCCGCCGUGUGGAGAGAGAGGAGAGAUUGCAGAGGAUAGAGAGAGAGGAGAGGAACAAGCACAGCCGCAACUAUGUGGAUAAAAUGGAAGAGGCCAGGCUUGCGCGGGAUGAGAGGUAUAAGACAGUGGAGCGUCUGGCGGCAGAGGAGUGCGAGAGGAAUCGUGUCCGGGUGUCGAGGACUCGCCCUGACCUCGACCUGACCUUUGAACCCUCGGAGGCCUGGCCCUCAUCGUCGCGCAGCAGCACCCCGUCCUCGUUUGCUUCCCAGGAGGAAGCAGAGGCUGACCUCGAAGCUGAGACCCCCGCCACUCCUUAUACGCCCUCUGAGACUGCGGGGGAAAAAGAGCCAGAGGCCACUGCUGAAGAGGAGGAGGAAGAACAGAAAGAGGAGGUAGAAGAGGAGGAAGUGCAGAAGGAAACACCAGAAGAAAAGGAGGAGGAAAGUGAGGAGCCUGAGCAGGAACCGGAGAAGGAGAGAGAGGAGGCAGAGGAGGACAGUGGCAUCCUGAGCGACAAGGAACGACAGAAUGAAGAGGUGAAUGAGAAGGACAACUGCUCGGCCUCCAGCAUCUCCUCCGCCAGCAGCACUCUGGAGAGGGAGGAGAGAGGCAGCAAUGAGAAUGGUGGGUAUUUGUGGCUAUUUAGCUUGAAAGAGGCAGAGGUGAACGAGCAGUGCAGCAAACUCCUCAACAGCAAACUCUUCAUGCUGGACAUGCUGUACUCCCAGAACAAGAAGCCCAGUGACGAGGAAGAGGAAGAGGAGGACGCGGAGAAGGAGAAAGAGAUAGAGAAAGGAGAGGGAGAAGAUAAAGAGACAAACGAGGACGCUGAAGGGCAAAUUGGCGAUGACGAGGAGGAGGACAACAGAGGUAACAAAUCAGAUCAACGCAAGAGCAUCCGCCAAAUCGCUGAGCGUUUUGGAAAUUUGACAAAAGACUUGAAUUCGCCCCAGGCUCACCUGGAGGCCCAAGCCAUUGAGCCCCCUCCUCCUUCACCCAAAAAGGAAUCAGACACGAUCUGGGACCAGCUCCUGGCCAGCCCUAGAGAGCUGCGCAUCGGAGACAUCAACUUCACUGACCUGACGGAGGACGAUGACAAAGACAUUCUGGAUGCCGUCAUGAUGGGCGGAUGCAGCGAUCUCCCGCCCCCUCCGCCUCCCCCGCCCUUCAUCCCUCACUUUCCUCCACCGCCACCCAUGCUAGGCAGCUGCCCCCCACCUCCUCCCUUGAUAGGGAUUAUGAGGCCUCCUCCUCCCCCUUCCUUUAGCUCUUCAAUUCCAGUGCCUCCACCUCCAGAACCGCCUCUCUUCAACAAGAAGAAGAAGACCAUCAGGCUCUUCUGGAGUGAGGUGCGUCCGACAGACUCUCAAUACAGGGACUACAAGAGGAGCGGAGACUCAUUCUGGUCCAAACUGGAUUCAGUAAAAUUAGACACAGGCAAAUUAGAACACCUGUUUGAGACGAAGUCAAAGGAGAUGCCAGUUACAAAGAAAACAGCAGCGGAUGGAAAACGCCAGGAGAUCAUCGUGCUGGAUUCCAAGAGGAGUAAUGCCAUCAACAUCGGCUUGACGGUUCUGCCGCCACCUCGCACUAUCAAGACAGCCAUCCUUAACUUUGACGAAUAUGCGCUGAACAAGGAGGGCAUAGAGAAAAUCCUGACGAUGAUCCCCACAGAGGAGGAGAAGCAGAAGAUUCAGGAGGCCCAGCUGGCUAACCCUGAUGUCCCACUGGGCUCAGCAGAGCAGUUCCUCCUCACUCUGUCCUCCAUCAGCGAGCUCUCUGCCAGACUCCAGCUCUGGGCCUUUAAGAUGGACUAUGAGGCCACCGAGAAGGAAGUAGCAGAGCCGCUGCAGGAUCUGAAGGAGGGUAUGGAACAGCUGGAAAAGAACAAAACUCUACGCUACAUCCUCGCCACACUGCUCUCCAUCGGAAACUUCCUCAAUGGAACCAAUGCUAAGGGCUUCGAGCUGACGUACUUGGAGAAGGUUCCAGAGGUGAAGGACACAGUUCAUAAGCAGUCUUUGCUGCAUCACGCCUGCUCUGCUGUGGUGGAGAACUUCCCUCAGGGCACCGACCUCUACUCUGAGAUCGGAGCCAUCACACGCUCUGCCAAAGUGGAUUUCGACCAGCUGCAGGAGAACCUGUGUCAGAUGGAGCGGCGUUGCAAAGCUUCAUGGGAUCAUCUAAAGGUGAUCGCCAAGCAUGAGAUGAAGCCCCAGCUGAAACAGAAGAUGUCUGACUUCCUCAAAGACUGUGCUGAGAGGAUCAUCAUCCUCAAGAUUGUCCACCGCAGAAUCAUCAACAGGUUCCAUUCAUUCCUGUUGUUCCUCGGUCAUCCAGCCUACAGUGUGAGAGACAUCAGCGUCCACAGAUUCAGUAAGAUCCUCAGUGAAUUCGCACUGGAGUACCGAACCACUCGAGACCGCGUUCUGCAGCAGAAACAGAAACGUGCCGACCACCGCGAACGCAACAAGACCCGAGGGAAGAUGAUCAUAGACGUUGGUAGACAUGGCUCAACCAGCAACAACACUGCCCCUAGUGGCAGGCAGGAGAGCGAGCAGCCUCAAGGUCUGGGCCACGCAGAGGACGCUGCAGAGCAUGAGAACAUGAAAGCAGUGUUGAGAACCAGCCUCAGUGGUGGCGACAAGGAGAGCAGCGUAGUGCCGGGGCUCCGGACAAGGACCAGAUCACGGCCUGGACGGGGAGGUCGCACUAUGCAGGCAUGCACACCACCUGUAGAGGACACUCAGAUCGCUGGAGAGGAUGCUGCAGAUGAGAUCAUGGAGCGCAUAGUGAGGUCGGCCACUCAGGGUCCAGGAACCAGAGCCCAGCCCAGAGAGAGGAGGAGAUCAAGGGCCAACCGCAAGUCAUUGAGGCGGACUCUGAGGAGCGGUCUGACCCCGGAGGAAGCACUUGCUUUAGGUCUAACCGAUUCUCCGGACGCACAAAUGUAACCCCCCACCUCUGUCCCCGUCACCGUGGAAACACAGUCACUGUCAGCCGACUG